CAAUUUUCAAAUGAUGGCAGUGGAAGGUUUUUCUGGAGAAAAAAAAAAAGAAGUGCGGUUUGGUUUCCUUGUCAACGGAGGAUGAAGUGAACAGCUGAGCAGCUCGCAGAGAGCAGGGUUAAAACAUAGCAACCAUGACUGGCAAAACACAGACCAGCAACGUCACCAACAAGAACGACCCCAAGUCCAUCAACUCUCGUGUUUUCAUCGGCAAUCUGAAUACCGCCAUUGUCAAGAAAGUUGACAUUGAAGCCAUUUUCUCAAAGUAUGGGAAAAUCGUCGGGUGCUCAGUGCACAAAGGCUACGCGUUUGUGCAGUACAUGAGCGAGCGGCACGCGAGAGCCGCGGUUGCCGGAGAAAAUGCCAGGAUCAUCGCAGGGCAACCACUUGACAUCAACAUGGCUGGGGAACCAAAACCAUACAGACCCAAACCUGGAAACAAGAGGCCCCUCUCAGCACUUUAUAGACUUGAAUCAAAGGAGCCUUUCCUGUCUGUUGGUGGCUAUGUCUUUGACUAUGAUUACUACAGAGAUGAUUUCUACAACCGGUUAUUUGAUUACCAUGGGCGCGUGCCGCCACCUCCCCGUGCUGUCAUCCCGCUGAAACGCCCGAGGGUGACGGUGACCACAACUCGCAGAGGGAAAGGAGUCUUUUCCAUGAAAGGAGGAUCAAGAUCAACUGUCAGUGGGUCCUCUUCGUCGGGCUCUAAAUUGAAAUCAGAUGAGUUGCAGACAAUCAAGAAAGAAUUAACCCAGAUCAAAACUAAAAUUGACUCCUUGCUUGGGCGCCUGGAAAAGAUUGAGAAGCAGCAGAAGGCGGAAGCAGAAGCUCAGAAGAAACAAUUGGAAGAGAGUAUAGAGCUGAUCCAAGAUGAAUGUGUGUCAGAGAAUGCAGAUCAAUCUACAGAGGAGCCUGCUGAAGGAGGGCCCGAUGCGGAUGGAGAAGAGAUGACUGAUGGGAUAGAGGAGGACUUCGAUGAAGAUGGGGGUCAUGAGCUGUUUCUACAGAUAAAAUGAUUUGAAGGGAUGCGUGACAGACACCCUGAAAACAGCACAGAGAAACUGUGACAACCCCCGGAAACAUGAAAGGUGGUUUCUGACUGGACAGCUGCAGCUUUGGUUCAGUUUAUAUAAAAACCCAAAUAAAUAAAAUGGACAGUAUCAUUUAAAUUUAGAAAUUCCAUUUCUUCUAUGUUCUAAACUGUAUAAUUGUCAGGUUUUUAUGGUUUAUAUUGUUAAUGUGUUUUCCUCCCAGCUAAUUAUGUUUGUUUGGGUUUGUUUUUAAGUCUUAAAGUCAAUAAAUGUGAAGGAAGGACAUUUAUGAAUGGCAAGGGAAACACUGUAUACAAAUGUAUAUUUGUAAAAGCUAUUUUUAUGAUUAGCAUGUUGGGCUGUUGAUCACAUAUAAAGUCAGGUGAUGUUGCAAUUCUUCGUUUACAGCUUAUUUCCAACACUGUCAUGUAAGAAAAAAAUAUAUCGUAUGCUAGUUUUUAUAAUUUAUUUAUAAUUUAUAGUUCUAAAUACUCCAGUUCAUAAGGAUAAAAUACUUGAAGAGUCCCUAUUUCUGCCCUCGGUAAGCACCGUUUCUUGGAAGGAAGAUUGCAGAUGUUUGGGGCAUCCUCCUGAGUGAAAGGACUGUCAAUUUGACUGUGACCGUGUUGAGAACGCUCUGCUCUACUGAACUGAACUGACCUAAGUAUGACCUAAUGCUUCAAACGGGGCUAUGGAAAUCCCAUGGAGAGGUUUCAGUAAUGGUCUAGGUGAGAACUGGGUGGUAAAAGAUUGUCUUUUCUUUGGAUGCAAACAUUUGAAUUAGUACACAAGUCACUGGGUUUCAUCUCCUAGAACGAGGGCGUCUCCAGGCCCAAGCGUGACCAGUGGUUCCCAGAUGCUCCUAGCUGUCUUGUGCUGUGGAGAUGGAAGAAACCAUGUUCACAGACCGUAGGAGAAUUCCGCAUAUAAUUUCUUAAUAAACAGUUUCUUUUCAAAUAAA